AUGGAGGCGGGACCGAGAGGGACUCGAAUGGCGGCUGUCGUGGCGGCCGCGGCGGCUUCUCGGGGGGGCGGGAGACUGGGGCUCCUCUGCCCGCCCCGCCGCGGCUUUGUUCUCCACUGCCGCCGGCCUGGUCUGAAAAGAGGAGCGGAGCCCGGGGACUCGACACAGUGCCGGGCAUCAAGAUUUAGCCCACCAAAUAAAUCUUGCAAUGAUUGGAUUGGACCCCCAGAUAGAUAUUCAAACCUUCGACCAAUCAAAUUUUACAUCCCUGAAAAUGAAUCUCCAUUGGAACAGCAACUUAGGAAAUUAAGACAAGAAACACAAGAAUGGAAUCAACAAUACUGGGCAAACCAGAAUCAGACAUUUAGUAAGGAAAAAGAAGAAUUUAUUCACUCAAGAUUGAAAGCUAGAGGUCUGGGAUUGAGAGAUGAAACAGGUAAAAAAGUAGCACUGAAUGCAGAAGAAAUGGCUGAUUUUUAUAAGGAAUUCUUAAAUAAAAAUUUUCAGAAGCAUAUGUACUAUAACAGAGACUGGUACAAACGAAAUUUUACUAUCACUUUGUUCAUGGGAAAAGUGGCCCUAGAAAGAAUUUGGAAGAAGCUUGGAUUCAAACAGGUAAAGAACAAAUAGAAGCACAUCUACAUCUGCCUGAACCAGCUCAUGGGCAGACCAUCAGGUUCAGGCACUGCUCCUGCUGUGACAUCCUGUUUAUCUAGAACAACAUCAUAUCAGUAUGAAUGUGACUGACAAACUCCAACUUAUAUGGAUGAAAAAAAAAAUUUUUUUUUAAAGAGUAAAAUUGAGGGCCACACUUUUUUACUCCCUCCCACAACAACCUGAGCAAGGAAUGUAAUCUAUGUGAAUUGGAACAGAUGGCUGAAGAGUUAUUUCAGGGCAAGUUGUGACCCAGAGAGAACUGAUAGCUAUCAGCUUGUUGCUACACAUUUUUUUUCUUCCUGAUGGAGAUAGAUAGAUAUGGGCCUUUUAAUUCCUGAGUUGACAAUUUUUGGUCAGCAUGUUUUGAGAUGAUUCCCAUCUGCCUAAAACCUACUCUUUUUGUCAGGUAAUCACCUGAGGUCUGAAAUAAUUAAAUUAUCAUAACAUUAACCAUCCCCAGUGUAUAUGUCCACGAACUGAUCAGCUAUCAUGUUGGUUGCCAAAGUUUUAGAGAAAUACUUGGCACUUGUUUGGAAAUAAGUAUCCUUUGAAACAAUGGUUCAUAGUGUGACUAUAGUUUAACUAAUUGUUUGUUGUUUUGUUUUUUUUUAACAAAUGUAUAAGAAUACAUACUUCCAAAUGAAACUGUUGUUAUUGUUCAGAAUAUUUCUGGAAAUCCUCUCUAGAUAUUACCUUCUAGUCUUUAGAACAUUUUCAUUCCUGGCAUUUUUUCAUCCUUGAAAGGUGAUUGGAAUUUUUGAAACAUUAAGAGCUGUGUCUAACAAAUGAAGUGAGGGAGACUGCUGAUUGAGACAUUUUGGGGUUCCAAAUGGUUCUAAAAUCAUGAGUGGUUUUCCUCUGUGGUUGGUUCAAUUAGCCCGAAGUGUCCCCCAAAUGGCUUCCAGAAUGGUCUUUAAGGCCCCCUUCAACUCUGAGCUCCUAUGUUUUGAACAGGGGAAAAAUAGUAGCCAUGAGUGUGCUUCUAUUCAAGAAGGGCUACUUUAAAAAGGGACAACAUACCCAGAUAUAUAAUUCUGGUCUAUUAGUUAAAAUAGUCAUCUUAUUUCAGAAUUACACUUUGGGCUAAAACUCUUAGUGAAGGCUACAGUAUUCUCAUCAUAUACUACCACUCAAAAUUGUAAGCCCAUUGUAGACAACAAAACUUUUUCCUACUCUUCUGUAUCUUUUCACUAUCUCAUUACCCUUGUUGCUGAGGAGGACCUCAGCCAAUAGGGAGCUAGCAGUGAAAUUGAACUUCCCAACUUUUUUAGUGACUGACAAUCUCAGCUUUCCUUUGGUCUCCUUCCUUGAUGGCCCAAAAAAGGGAAAGUGGUUUUUAAGGAAGGAAAGAUAUUUUUGAGGUAAACAUUAAAUGUGGGAGGUGGACAUAUAUUCCUUGUUUUAGAGAUACAUAGAUUUGUUGUCAGUGUAGAAUUAGUAGUUUUUAAAUUUCGCUUUAAGGGAGGCAGCAGGUGUGAAGAAAUAGAAUUUAUAUGAAGCACAGUGAAAAAGGAGUAUUUUUAGCUGUGGAAGUAUGAUAAGAUGAUUCAAAUCUUGAGACCUUUGAGGACUUUCCAUCUUAAGAUCAGGAAAUUAUUUUGGAGAGGAUUUUUUAUCUUGUUUUACUUUUUUUAUUAGAAGUUAAGUAUUUUAUCUUUAGGCAGAAUAAAUAAAAAUGGUUAUUUUAUUUUUAAAAUGUAAUUAAGAAAUCACAUUUUUCUUCAAAAGCUUCAGUUCAAGCCAUAUUCAUUAGAGUGUCAGAGCUGGAAGGGAUCUGAGAGAUCUAGUCCAGCUUCCUAGUUCAUAAACAAGAAAACUGAGGUCCAACAAAGAGGAUUUGCUCAGGGUCAUGAAACAUAUUGGUGGUAGAACCAGGGCAAGAACCUAAGUGUUCAUAUUCAUGAACCAGAGUAUUUUCUUCCAUAUCUUGCUUCUUAAUUGACUAUACAUUAAAUCUUUUGAUGAUGUGUUAUUUUGUCAGGUGGGCACUCCUAGCCAUUAAGACCACAGUCCUUCUAUACCUUAGUCUAGUAUUUGGGAGUUAGUGUGGCUGAAAAAAUCAUUAAUUAAUGGCCAUUUAAUUCAAUUGCUGUUUAAUGUGCCUCUCCAAACGAAACAGCAGACAAACAGAUCUGUUACCUGUUCUUGAAACCUUUCCAGCUUAUUAAGCCAGUUAGGGCUUAUGUUCUACUAGCGUAGACUUUGAAAAGCCAGGGUCACCUGCGUGCCUCAACAAGGCACUUUAAUCCAUUUAGUUUGCUUAUUAAUAGCCUGUGAUCUGCAUGCUGCUGUGACAGCAACAUGCAUAUUGACCUAGUAAAACAAGCUAUUUUAGCCUAUUGGCUUAAAUCAUCCCCUGGGUGAGGGGACAGACCAGUACUGACUAAUACUUUGCAAGCAAUGCUACUGAAUAACGCUUGUUGGGUUUCUAGCAUAAACCCUUGGAAGGUAAGAAUAAAGAGUUCUAGUACUCUAGAACUGAGUCAUUGAAAGUUUUCACAUAAAUAUUGUGUUCUUCUCAAGAAAAAAAAAGAGAACAUAUGUUGAAAAAUUCAAGAUAUCUGACUUGAACUCAGAAAAGAAUGCAUUUCCAAUUUCAUAAUUGAUUGAAGCUUAUAAUAAUGGCAGGGUCCUUGGAAGCUUGGAGUUAAAGGAUGCAGCUUUAAAAAAUAACGUACUCCUUAACUAUCCCAGCUAGGGGUUCUGAAGCUUUUUAAGCAGAGAGUUCCUUGCAGAUCUGUUCCUUCAGCUUUAAAUUUUGGUCUAAUCUCUGUUGAGGUUGUAAGCUUUUAUCAUAUCUGUUGAGGACAUCUGGUAUUAAGGAAAGGUUGUAAGGUAUAGUGGGGAAAAUACCCAAACUGAGAGGGAAAUUCUCAUGCUGGCUCUGACCCUUCAUCCCUAGGGGUCUGACCUUGGGAAGAUCAUUUCUUUCUAGAUUUCAGUUUUCUCUUCUGUAAAGAAUCUAUAUUCCAGCAUACUUUCCCUAAUAUCUUUUUCAUUUUAUAUAUUAGCAGGAUGCUUUUAGCAACUCAAUACAUAAAUGUGAUUACUGAAAUCAGAAUCGAUCAGGUCAUCUUUUCAAAAAUAAUGGCCAUGUCUUAAUGCCAAAUGUUAACUUGAUUCUUCAGUGUUAAUUCUGUUUAUUACUAGAGAUAUAAAUGUGCUGAUGGAAUUGAUAGGAAAUGAGGAGGUACUCUGGCUUUGGUCUUUUCCUGGAUUAUAAAUAUUUGAGCUAAGUAAUCAUUUUAAUGUUACCUGCUAUCACAGAUACCAAUAAUUUCAAGGUCAUUUUGAAUUGACCCUAAUGUCUGUGCUCACAAAAAAAUUAUGUGCAAAAUAUUGUUUCUUUUUAAAAGAAAAUCUGCCUCUUAAUUUUCUGUAUAGCCAUCUUCAGAUGGCUUUAGGAUUUUGAUUGUAUUAGCACUUGAAUUUUUAAGUAUUUAUGAGAGAUUACAUUUUUCAUAGUUAUAUUUUCUCCAUUUUGGUUUUACCCACACAUUUCCAUUGGGUGGAAUUCCAAAUAUUCUUUAAUGAUUCUGUUAUCUAGGCUUUUAAAAUUUUAAAUAAAAAAUUCUGUAUUUUC